AAGUGCAAUGAGAGACAAAACUCUGGAUCUCCAAUUGAGCCUUGAGAGAUACAAAGGAGAGAGUUUGAAUUCCAUACAAUACAAGGAUCUCGACGAGAUGGAGAAAAAACUCGAGAUCUCAUAUAGAAAAGUUCAAGCACGAAAGUUGGAGUUGAUGCAGCAGCAGCUGGAAAAUCUAAAGAGGACGGAGAAAAUGGUGGAGAAGCAAAAUGAAGAUAUGUACAAUUGGUUGAUGAACAAUGAGAUAUACCGCCGUCAGCAAGAAGCAAUGACUGAACUCAAACUUGUGGAAGAGCGGCAGCUGCCGCCAGGGGUGGUGAAUGAGUUUCCUUUUCUCUUGCAAGACAUGCCGCCGCCCCCUAUUGGCGGCUUUCUCAGCCUUCUUCCUUCUCACUCCAAUCAUCGUGAUCCAGACUGUCCAGGAUGCAACUAUAAAUAAUGGUCAUGAUAAAGGUAUAUACGUGCUAUAACCUCUUGUACUUUAACUUUG